UGAAUAACUUGUGUUUAGACCUCGCCCCCAUGCAGGAAUGAUAAUAUUUUACUGAAAACUGUCACCAAUCAAAUAUUCGUGUAUAUGUCACUUUUGAUGUAAAUUAGGGCUAAUUUUUAUAGUGUGACUGGAUUUGAAAGAAGAUGGUCGGAAAUCUAAUAAUAUAUUAGGGCUUUAAGAAUCUUUAUUUGUGUAGUAGUGGAACGCCCAUAUAACUGAUAAUUGUGUGUCAAAUGCAUCUUUCAUUACAUUGUUUGUGCCAAUUAUUUUUGGGGCUACGAAUUUCUGUUUUUAAACGAUUGUUUUGCUUACUUUCCUUCUUUUAUUUGUUCUACGGUACUUUGAAUCUAUAUAAGACGGAAUUUUUUGAAGUAGUUACAUUACCUACAUUUCUGUCUCUAAUAUCUUUGGCAUAGUGAAAGCGGACGUGAUUAAUUUUUUUGUUGAUUAUAGUGAUAAAGACCUCACGUAAGUAAAGCUGUUGGAAAACGGUAUCUCAACACAAUGGGGCGACGACCAGCACGUUGCUACAGAUAUUGCAAAAAUAAGCCUUAUCCAAAAUCGCGGUUCUGCAGAGGUGUGCCUGAUCCUAAGAUAAGGAUCUUCGACUUGGGCAGGAAAAAGGCCCGCGUGGAAGAUUUUCCCUUGUGUGUCCACCUUGUGUCGGAUGAGUACGAACAGCUGUCGUCGGAGGCCCUGGAGGCAGGCAGGAUUUGUGCCAACAAGUACAUGGUGAAGAACUGCGGCAAGGACCAGUUCCACAUUCGAAUGCGGCUGCACCCGUUCCAUGUUAUACGCAUCAACAAGAUGUUGUCAUGUGCUGGUGCUGAUAGGCUGCAAACUGGUAUGCGUGGGGCUUUCGGAAAGCCCCAAGGCACAGUGGCGCGAGUGCGCAUUGGCCAGCCGAUAAUGAGUGUGCGUACCAGCGACCGCCACCGUUCUGCAGUCAUCGAGGCUCUGCGACGGGCCAAGUUCAAGUUCCCGGGCCGUCAGAAGAUCUACGUGUCGAAGAGGUGGGGUUUCACCAAGUACGACCGCGAGGUGUACGAGAAGCUCCGAGAUGAUGGUCGGCUGGCCAACGACGGGUGCAAUGUGAAGUACCGUCCAGAGCACGGGCCCCUCGCCAACUGGAAGAAGGUCCAGCUGGAGUUGGCACAGGCAGAAUAGCCUGCAGAAAUACUCUGGAAAGGGUUUGGAUUUUAAUAAAUUGUUAUGAGUCUGUGCAAAUAA